CAAAACCAAAUCGUACACCAUAUCACAGAAUUGAUAGCAAGACUCAACAACAGAAAUGACAUAGGCAAAACAAUGUGGAUAAUAUUAAAACAGGCACAGCUUAAUUUAAAAAGCAGAAAAUGUAUACCUGGUCUCAGUCUACAAAGACUAGAGCAGAUUAAUAUUAGAAACAAUUUGUGCUACAAAAUCACAAAAAAAGCAAAAAAGCUCAAAAUUGACUUUAGGUCAGCAGAAUUAGAAGAAA